GUGCGCAUGCGUGUUCUGGUGUAGAGAACGUUAGCAUCCCUCCUGCAGACUUAAAAUGUUAAUUUUACAAUGCGCCCCUUUGUUUUUGAUUGGUUCUCCGUUUUAAUGGGAGCUAUUCUACAUUAAUUACAUAUGCGGCGAAUCUGUAUACGAUGAAGCUAACACGUACGCAAGUUCUCAUCGAGGCUAAGGCCUCCAACUUGGAAAGCGUGAGGAAGCUGAACUGCUGGGGGUGUAAGCUUUCAGACGUCUCCAUUCUAGCUGAAAUGCCUAACAUUGAAGUGCUUACACUUAGUACAAACAGCAUCUCAUCUCUCGCCCCACUGGCUGGAUGCUUGUCUCUGUGUGAGCUGUACCUGAGAAGGAACAUGAUCGCCUCACUGUCAGAGCUCAGUUAUUUGCGUCCCAUGACACGUCUCAGAGUAUUGUGGUUGGCGGACAACCCUUGUUGCGGGGAUAACUCCAGUCAGUAUCGCCUGACAGUCCUGCGUUGCCUACCUGGGCUGCAGAAGCUUGACAACCAAGUUGUGACAGAGGAGGAGAUUUCGUUAGCACGCUUGGAGGGCGAGGAGAUCAGCGCACCAACAAACACAGUUGAACAACUUUCCAAUGGACAUACUGAUGCAGAGAAAGAUGCUCCAAGUCACAAUAUGGAGGAAACCAAAAAUCAAGAGUUGAGGAUGAAGCCUCAGUCUAGAGAAAAGUUACCCACUCUACAUUCUCAAUCAACCAGGUCAUCUCUGAAAAAGACACACACACUUGAUGCAGUGCUUCUGCUUCUGAGGGACUUGGAUCAUGAGGAUCUACGUGUUGUGCACAUGGAGACGCAGAACAGACUAAGGAUAUAUACACUGGACUCCUUAAAAACGUUACAAGAUUCAGAACAAUCGCAAUCUGUUGAUAUGCAACAGUGAAAUAUCUACAACACAUAUUGAGACAUAUGCCUCAUUGCAUACAAUUAAUUGUUCCACUUGAAACAGGGUCAUCACACAUCCCCAUCCUUUUUGCACUAGUCCAUGCAUGUGUGUACACAUUCAAAUACUCUCACUCAGCCUACAAACCAAAUUAUGGAUUUCAUUUGUCCUACAAUGAAUGCCUGCCUUACAAAAACAAAAUGUUUUAUAAAAUUCAAAUCUAUUUCUGUAAAUAAAGACAUUAAGCACAAUGCAUUCACUUA